AUGCAGUUCACAACUCUCGCCUUUUCCAUCUUUACCCUCCUCUCCUUCGCUGCCGCCGCUCCCAGCGAGGUUAUGGGUCGCAGCCCAGCCCCUGUCUCGAACCUCAUCCAGUACCCCGCUGACCACAGCGUUGAGAUGAUCAAGCGCGCCCAUAUGGAGGCCCGCUGCAACGUUGGCUGCCCCUGCAACUGGUGCGGCAUGACCAUCUGCUGCGAGUGUGAAUGCUAG